AGUUCGUCUUCUUACCAUUUUCAUUAAAAGGGAUCCUUCUCUCCUCCCGUUCCCAGUGUAUAUAGGCCGCUCGAUCCUAGCGUACAAUAUCUGCUCGCUUCUCUUUAAUUAAGAAAGAAUUAAUCUAUAACAAAAAUAAUACUCCAAACAGGGAAAAGAAAAACAGUAGGAAAGGCAGUCAACAUUCAUCUUCACUGCUGUUCAACUUUACACGCGAAGGCCAAUGGAUGAAAGUGCAACUUUAGCCACUGGUGAGGAGGGCGAGAGCAAGGAUUUGAUUAAUGAGUUGCCAGAUUGCAUCUUGUCAUCCAUAUUUUCAUUGUUAACCUUGAAAGAUGUAGUGGAUGCCACUAGCAUGGUAUCACCUCGGUGGAGGCGUCUAGUGUUGCAUCCAAUACUAACAAGGCUCAAUCUUGAAUUCGACAUUCCAAACGUUUUUGGAAUCAGCAUUGAUGAUGAUGCUUACUGUGAUGACGACGACCUGAUUGUUGAUAAACUUCCGAAACAAGACUUUAUAAGAUGUGUGAACAAAGUUUUGCAGCUCCACCAUGGCAAUAAGGUAGACUCUUUCAAAGUGAAAUUCUACUUCAACAGAGAAUCUACCGCCAUUCUUGACGAAUGGAUUCGCUUUGCAAUCACAAAGGGAGCUGAAGUGCUUUACCUUCAUUUCAGUCAUUGCUCGAAAGCAGAAAAAGAAAAUUAUUAUGAUUUCCCCUGCUGGUUGCUUGCAGAGCUGAGGCCAUCAACUCUAAAAAAUUUGUCACUGACCGGAUGUGUUCUAAGACUUCCACCCAGUUUUGACAGAUUCAGUCAUCUAACAACUCUUUAUAUGUGCGAAGUUAUCGUAGACAACAUUUCUCUGGCACGUCUCUUAUCUGACUGUUUGCUCCUUGAAAGCUUGACCUUGGAUUAUUGCUGGGGUGCCUCGGAGUUGAUGGUUAAAGGUCCAUCACUUCGUCUCAAUGAUUUGAAAGUGGUCCAUUGUUAUGAUAUGCAAAGAGUUGAUAUUUCUCUAGUAAAGCUUGCUUCCUUGGAGAUCUUGAGUGGAAGUUUACACAUGAAUCUUUCCAUCAAACCUCCAUAUCCAGCAAAAAUUUCUUUUGAUUCGAUUCUUCACUUUAACUUAUGUGCUCAACUAACCCAAUUUGCAUCGUUUUCUGGGCUUGAGACUCUUCAUCUGCAACUGGAGAUGCUGAGUCAUGACGAAUUGCCCCGAAGCUUACCAACGUUUAGAGACCUCAAGAAACUGGAGGUGGAUCUGUUUUCGCCGAAAGCUGACUUCGCGGGGGUUCUGAAUCUUCUCAAGGCUACACCUUUUCUGGAACAACUUGUAGUAUCGGUAUUGCAUGUAUGGGGUGCUUGUUUCGAUGAUAGUUUCUGUGAGGAUGAACAAGAGAUACGAAAAUUUUCGGGGCUGAAACAUAAUCAUCUGAGAAAAGUUAAGUUGCAGGCAUUUCGAAGUACGCCGUACGAGAUUGAGUUUGCCAUUUCUAUCUUGAAGAACACAACAAAGCUCGAGAUCAUGGAAAUCGAUCCAUUUGGAGAAGUAUAUCUGGGCGCCGGAGUGUGGUGCAAGGUCAUGGGCAUAUACGGUCAAUAUACAUCAAACUCAUCUUGGGAAGAAAAUGACAGAGCACUUGUACAAGAGAAACUAAAGGAAGUAAAGACUGAUGCCAGAAUUAUAAUUCUGUAAUGAUUUUAUUGAAACUUUAAUUA